UUAAACGUUCAGGCUUUAGGACCGCGCGGAUCACGUUCUCGGUUGGCUGUGGCUCGUUGUGAACCGUUGGUACUCCUCGGCCACGGUGACGGUACAGAUAACACCUGGCUGACGGAGGAGGCUACAUCUUAUCAUGUAGCUGCGCAGCUCUGGGACUUUACCUGACAAACCUGUUCGUUUUCCCCUUUACGUUAUGCGGGCAAAAAUGAUGUGAGGAUGGCCAAGCGACCGGGGACUGAGGACGGGAUGGUGACUUCGCCCACCGUUCUGCGGAAUUUCGCCGCCGAUUUGAGCAUCGGAGACGUGAACAUGGACUGCGGCGACGGAGCCGAGGAGCUCUCUUUAGAAGAAAUCCUGGCUUUGUACAGCCAGCCGAUAAACGAGGAGCAGGCAUGGGCAGUGUGUUACCAGUGUUGUCGGACUUUAGCGCAGAAACACCGGAGGAGAAGCUCCAAGUCUGCCGUUGUCUCAUCAGCCGAGCACCCGAGGAGGAUUGAGGGACCCGGGAAUGUGAGGCUCGGGAAAGACGGGACUGUCAAACUGCACUUUGAAGACAGCGCAGAUAAAUACCAGUCGGCCCCUACGUCAUUAGAGGUUAUUGACUCACUGGGUGUCAUGAUCUACAAAGCUCUAGACUAUGGCCUCAAAGAAAACGAAGAGCGCGAGCUCAGCCCGCCUCUGGAGCGCCUCAUCGACAUGCUGACCAACACGGAGGAAACUGAGAGUGACCCCUGUCCCGACGAGGGCUACGAGGCCACAGAAGAAGAGGAUGAAUGCGAAGAAGAGGAGGAAGGGGACCUCGUGUCUGAUGGCUCCAGCAGUACAAUCAGUAGCAUCCGGAGCUAUCGAGACAUCCUCAUGCUAUGUUCUUCCCACCUACCCAGUCCAUCAGAUGCCCCCAACCAUUACCAGGCUGUGUGCCGGGCUCUGUACGCUGAGAGCAGAGAACUGCGCACUUUCUUGGAGAAGAUCAGGAGCGCCAAGGAGAACCUUCGGAAGAUGGAAGGGGAGACUCAGGAAGAACCUGUUAAAGACCUCAAUGAGCUGCAAAAUGCAGACUGGGCACGGUUCUGGGUACAGGUGAUGAGAGAUCUAAGACAUGGUGUAAAGUUGAAGAAGGUCCAGGAGCGCCAGUACAACCCACUACCCAUAGAGUACCAGCUCACACCCUACGAGAUGCUGAUGGACGACAUCCGUUCAAAACGUUACAAGCUGCGAAAAGUCAUGGUGAAUGGGGACAUUCCUCCACGGUUAAAGAAGAGCGCACAUGAGGUCAUUCUAGAAUUCAUCAGGUCACGACCUCCUCUCAACCCUGUCUCUGCUCGCAAACUCAAACCACACCCUCCGCGUCCCCGGAGCCUUCACGAGCGACUGCUGGAGGACAUAAAAGCGGAAAGGAAGCUGAGGCCGGUUUCACCCGACAUGAUCCGCAGAAACCGCCUGGUCAUGCGACCCCUUAGCAUGUCUCACAGCUUUGACUCAUCAGGUGCAGGGAAAAGCAUCAGCACUCCUCAGGACUUGUUCCGCAGCUCAGACACUCCUGAUGCUCGGAGGAAGUUGACCUGCAGCACGCAUUCACUAUCCAGCAGCAUAGCGGGACCAAAUCAGGGUGGCGGGCAGGCGCUUAGCCAGAGAAAGAGGGUGCUCAAAGCGCCCACGCUGGCGGAACUGGAUGGCUCUGAUUCCGAUGAGGAAACCACACGGAGCAGCUCCAGCAUGUCCACGUCUUUAAUAGAAGACACGUCUCCUGACUCCGUCACAGCCACGAAGGCUCCUCCAAAAUUCCUGCCCGUCUCCGCCACCCCACAGCCAGACAAGCGACAAUCUUCACAGAGGCGGCACUCUAUCGAGAAGGAGUCCCCUACCAGCGUCAGGCCUUUCUUACCAUCAUCCAGACGGAGCUCAAAGUCUUUGGUGGAUGCCGGCAGUGGCGCUCAGGGCUCGGAGGAGUUCUGUUACCCGGUGGAGUGUUUGGCUCUGACGGUGGAGGAGGUGAUGCACAUCAGGCAGGUCCUCGUCAAGGCCGAGCUGGAGAAGUUUCAGCAAUACAAAGAAAUCUACAACGCUCUCAAGAAAGGAAAGCUUUGCUUUUCUUGCAGGAUUAAAAGGUUCUCCAUCUUCACCUGGUCCUAUACAUGCCAGUUCUGCAAAAGACCUGUGUGUUCCCAGUGCUCGAAAAAGAUGCGGCUGCCGUCUAAGCCCUAUUCCACCCUGCCUAUCUACUCUCUGGGUCCCAGUGCUGUGGUUAAAGAAGACACAGGCACAUCUUCUGCCCCAGCUGAGCCAGAAAAGCAACCCUUUGGGUCUGCGCACGCCCGGCACAGUCUGCGCAGAAGGUUGUCCAAGCACAGCAUCAGCAAAGACGGGCGGUCGCAGGACGAGCUAGAGCUGCCCAAGGAGCUCACUGAGGACUGGGUCACCAUGGAGGUCUGUGUGGACUGCAAGAAGUUCAUCACGGAGACCAUCACCUCCAGCAGGCGCAGCCUGUGCGUGGCCACCAAGCGGGCCCGCCUCAAUCGCAGAACCCAGUCGUUCUACAUGUCGUCGUCCAGCUCUGUCAACUUCAGGCCUUCGGAGCGAACCAUCAAUGAGAUGUAGAACAUCGGACUGGUUGGUGCACUUUAAGUUAAGCUUUGUCAUUCAAUUAAAAAACAAACAAAAAAAAACAACAAAAAGCCCAAAACAAACAAAAAAAAAAAAAAACCCUCCCACAGUGAUGUGUGUACAUAAAGUGGAGAUUUGCAAAGAAGUAAGAAGUGACCAUGUGGCCAGUCCAUUCCAAGCUAAAGCUAGUAAAGUUUCUGAUACUUCAUCCUCCUCUCAGAUUGACUGAGAGGAGGGAUGCACCGUCGGUCACAGCUGGUCAGGACCCUGUAGUCUCUGUCACAGAGGGCAGCCGAGUUUCUGCAUGUGGCUGACGUUAUCGAAGGUAAAUAGCGCUGCUGAUGUCACCAUCGUGAGCCGGGGUAAGGGUGGGUGGGAGCGAAUGACACAAAGCCAAAAGAUGCAGUGGUAUCGUGUAAAUAGUUCAAAGGCCCAAUCAUAGUAAGUUUUCCAGUUCCUGUUUACGUCUAGCACUCAGGAAGAACAAACGAUUGUCUUUUGACAGAAAUGCACUGUAGAUCCUCCCGUCAGGUCUGCUGGGGUAGAUGUCUGCCAGUCCCCUGCCCCUCUGAUUCUUCCAGCAACACUUAUGCCAAAAGUUACAUCUCUUCUUUUUUUUAAAGCCAGUUUAAAUGUAUAUUUGCUAUGAUCUCAUGUGGCUGUUACAGCACGUUGAGGGGUUAAAAAUAGCCUGGUUAUUUUUCUGGGUGGGUUUUAGUAUUUAAUUAAAAAUGUAUAAUCAAUUCUGUGCCUGGUGCCAAAAUGUAAUUUCUUUCUCUGAAUGCCUUUUGUAGUUACGGACCUACUGUACAUACAUGUGAUGAACUAAGCGAGGGAGCAAAUUUUAGGGUUAAUCCAAGGUUUGGUUUCUCACCAUUCAGCGCUCUAGGUUGGCAAUAGAAGCACAGACGUGUCGGGUUCGUGAGUGUGUACAUGUUGUAUAUCUUAACUGUUCCAAAAUUUGAUUUAAUAUAAAUCUGUAACAAAGUAUAAUUUUACCACGUUUUAGGAUUUCUGCCUCAAGAGUUUCUUUAUUGGAAAAAGUUGUUGAUUAUUAUUCUUAUUACUAUUAUUAUUAAUGUUAUUAUGUUUCUGUCAAUAUAAUAUUAAAGUUUUAUUUCUGUUCUUGUAUGGUUUAUAAACUUCUCAGUGUUAUACCCUUCUAAAUCACAAAUAGCACUUUUACUGGAUCAAUUUAUUGUUUAUUUUGGUUCAUUUAUGUCUUAAAUGAUUAUGAUUUAUGUUUUUUUUUUGUUUUGUUUUGGUUUGGUUUUUUUUUUCACCUCUUGGGGGUUCAUAGUGCCAUUUUUUUCCCCAGAGUUCCUCAUGAAUGAAAAUGUGUUUGAGUGACUUCUGGCUGCUUCACAGGAAGGACUAAUUACUGAAUCCACUAGAAACACACCACUGAAUUGAAUGUAGGCACUUUAAGUAUAGGACUGUCAUCCUUUACCAAUAUUUUAGCCUUUUCAAAUCACAGUCUCACACAUGUGUUCAGAGUGUGUGUGUUUGGGGGGUAAAAAGUUGUUACAAAAUGAACACAAAUCCUAACCAGCCUGUUCAACGAUGAUGCCAUGUUCCAAUGAAAUAGUCCAUCUGAUAAGUUUUAUUUUAGAGAUCUGUAAAGGAAUGUGUGCAUGCUGUACUGUGCUUUUUUUUUUUUUUUUUUUUUUUUUUUUUUUUUUUUUUUUUUGUUUAUCAAGGAAAUUCUAAUAAAAUCAUCAUGAUUCUUAA